AUGAAUUUGAACAAGUUAUUUGUCUCCCUACUGACAAUUUUAAGUGUGAGUCUUUAUUUCGGUUCGACGUGGGCCUCCUUACGGCCACCCAACAUUGUCGUUAUCAUCGCUGAUGAUCUUGGAUGGAACGACGUUAGCUUCCACGGUGCCAAUGAGAUUCCUACUCCAAACAUAGACGCUCUUGCAUACAACGGCGUGAUUUUGAAUCGACAUUACGUAAUGCCGGUGUGCACACCAUCAAGAGUAGCUUUUCUCACCGGGCGACAUCCAAUACGGACAGGAAUGCAGGGCUAUCCGUUGAAAGGAGCCGAACCACGUGGUAUACAUUUAAACGACACUCUUCUACCUGAGUAUCUUCGUAGACUCGGAUACGCUACUCAUCUCGUAGGGAAAUGGCAUGUUGGUUAUCACACGAGAAAUUAUGGACCCACUCGUCGUGGUUUCGACACUUUCUUGGGAUAUUACAAUGGCUAUAUUCAAUACUACAAUCAUACAUUAAAUGAAAGCAAACUGGUAGGCUAUGAUUUGCACCGUAUUAUAGGCGACAAUCAUACAGUUGAAUAUAGAUAUGAUUACAUGACUAAUAUUAUAACCGAGGAGGCUGAAAGUAUUAUUUCAUCGCAUAAUACUACGAAACCCAUAUAUCUCCAACUAGCACAUCUCGCCUCACAUGCUAGCGAUGCCGAAGAAGUCAUGGAAGUAUACGAUUGGAAAGAAACGAAUGCCACUUUCAAUUACAUCCAAGAUUUGAACAGAAGGAAGUUCGCGAGUGUCGUUGCAACAUUAGAUAAAUCAAUCGGUCGGGUAGUCGAUGCAUUGAAUAGAAAAGAUAUGUUGAAGAACACGAUCAUAAUUUUCAUGUCUGAUAAUGGAGCGCAGACUGAAGGACUUUUAGAAAAUUAUGGAUCCAAUUAUCCAUUACGAGGGGUGAAAUUUACCCUAUUCGAAGGAGCUGUUCGAGGUGCGGCGUGCAUUUACUCACCCUUAAUUGAGCACUCGUCGAGAGUCUCAACUGAAUUAUUUCAUAUUACCGAUUGGCUACCAACACUAUACUCCGCAGCUGGCGGUAAUUUGAGUAAUUUGAACCAAUUGGACGGUAUUGAUCAAUGGUCUGCCAUCAAGAAAAAGAAAACUAGCGAUCGGAAAUCCGUUGUUAUAAAUAUCUGCGAUUUUGACAACAGUGCGGCAUUAAUUGGACGUUAUAAACUCGUUAAAGAUAAGUCCGAAUAUCAGAAGCAUUAUACAUAUUAUAACGGUAGCGACCCAUCGUAUCCCAAGUACAAUGUAACAAAUGUGCUAGAAUCACCAGCUGCAUCUGCUAUAGCGAAUGUUUCAACUAACGUUGUAAUUGCGAGUAAAAUAGAAGAACUCCGGAAAGAGGCCACGGUAGUUUGCAAGAAUCUUACGAAUUCCUCCAGUUGCGAGAACCGCGUUUGCUUGUUCGAUAUCUACAAAGAUCCUUGCGAAGUUACAGAUAUAUCUUCGAAGUAUCCUGAGAUCGUACAGAGAUUGAAUGUGCUCAUCGACUGCUAUAAAAGACUGGGUUUCGUGAAAGAGAUCAGUUUGGACCGUGAUUCUGCUGGUUAUCCGUCUAACUUUAACAAUACUUGGAUGCCCUGGUUGCCGGACAAUUUUGAACCGAGCAAUAAAAUACAAUUUACAAUGAACGAAACUACGUGGAAGUAUAAUGACUUUACUUCGACCUUAUCUGAGACUGUUUGCGAUUCUGUUGAAGAAUUCGACUCAUACCAGUUUUGA